AUGAGCCCCGCAAGCUAUUACAACGACUGCGAUGUAUCCCAAAACACCUGUCAAAACGGAGGCCGCUGCAUACAAAAAGGCUGGCCACAGAAGACCGAAUGUGUGUGCACUGGACGAUAUGCUGGUAAAAAAUGUGAGAUUCAAUCAAACUGGAGCUGUGGCAGGUCUUCUUGGUCUCGAGACGCUCCGAUGCCGACGACAAACGACAUAUUCAUCAAUAUGUGGAGUAACUAUCAACACCGGGCCCGACGAGCAGUUCCGACUCGGACAACCCCGUAUAUUCCACUCAUUUCAAGAGCCCCGCUUUUCGAGAAAGCCGAGAAAAAUGAAAGAGCUCUAGCCCAGCGCAGCGGAAAGUUAUCCGACAUUUCGCUUGAUCAUUUGAUCGACAUUCUUGAAGCAGUUAACUGGAAGUACACUUGUGCUGGAGUCCUUAUCGCGCCACAAUGGGUACUCACAGCUGCUCAUUGCGGUUACGAAAAGAACAUCAAAAACAACACGUCGCCAGGAGAAAGUUGGAAAGUUGUGGCCGGAGAAGAUUCGCAGUGGGAACUGGCUCCUGGGAUCGGCGUUACUUUGGCUGUGAUGCAUGACUACUCCUACCACUCGGACGAUAUUCCGAGAAAUGAUUUGAUGAUGCUAAAGCUCGACAGCAUUCUACAGACCCUGGAAAAUCGCUUCGACUCGCCGAAGCCAGGAGACAAAUGCACCAUCGCCGGCUGGGGAAUUCACACACGACAAGGAGAUCAGCCAGAGUUCUUGCAACAUGCAGAGAUUCCGAUCAUUUCAAAUGAGGAAUGCCGACGAAAAAAAGAUUAUUCGAGUAUUUCGGAAGACAUGAUCUGCGCUGGCUUCAAGGAAGGCGGCGUGGACGCCUGCAACGGCGACUCUGGAGGACCGCUCAUGUGUCAGCGAGAAGAUGGCUCAUUUUAUCUCCCCGGAAUCAUUUCUUGGGGCUACGAAUGUGCGGAAGUCGACUCGCCUGGCGUGUACACCCGAACAUCCAACUACUUGAGUUGGAUUCAUGACACGAUACAGAACAAUCCAUAG